AUGGGCGAGGGCAUGAAAAAGGGCGAUGGCGCGAGCAAGGGCGAGGGCGCGAACAAGGGCGGUGGCAGAGGCGAGGCCGAGGGUGAGGAGGGCAAGAAUAAUGGCGCGGCCAAGGUCGAGGGCGAGGACGAAGAAGAGGUCGAGGACGAAGGCGAGGGCGGAGGCGAGGGCGGAGGCGAGGGCGGAGGCGAGGGCGGAGGCGAGGGCGACGGGUGGUAUGGGGAGGAGGGCGAAAACGAGGGCGAAUACGAGGAGGAUGACGAAGAGGAGUGGGACGGCGAGGGGGUUGGGUACGGGGAGGGCCACGGUGGUGGGUAUGAGGAGGGUGAGGGCGGUGGGGAGGGUGAGGGCCAGGGGGAGGGUGGAGGCGUGGGCGGCGAGGAGGCCAAGGGAGCUGAUCGUGGUGAACGGCACAGGAUUGCGGGAGGAAGCACGAAAAUAAAAGCACCGGGUGACGUUGCUCGUCAAGCUACGCAGUUUCGCGCCGCUGGGAAGCGCGGAUUUGUAGGACAGACACGGCUUGUGCGCCGGUCACAGCGUUCGAUCGCGCAAAGGCGGACCGUGGACGAGUUGUCAUCGUGGCCUGUUCAGACGCUCGCGCACGAGGUCGUCCGCCUGGACUCCGCGCUCGAGAAUUCGAGGCAGGACGUGGCUGAUGCGCGACACGAGAACUUUCUGCAGCGCAAGAAAAUCUGCGAACUGCUGACGAGGAUGGGAGAGCAUCGUGCCGCGUUGUCUCGAGUGACUGACAGGUCUGCUAGUGCUCUUAGGAGAUUGGAGGACAUGGAGAGACGUGCUGGCAAGGAUCUCGCGGAUGCGGUCCACGAGGUUCGGACGGAACGUGCAUCCGCGACAGCGCAGCGCGAGUCGUCGGAGCGUGCCAUAGCGAAGUUGUCGGAGGCGGCUGCGGCCUUGAUGUCGCUGGUUUUGCAACGCGGCCUUUUUUUGUCGGGGGCAACGGGGCUGGAUGUGUUUGCAAACGUUCGUGGUGGAGAGACGGGAUUGGCAAUCGCGGGCGAAAGGGGUGGAUAUGUUGUGCGGGAUCCGGGCCAAGGGCGGCGCCCGGGUUUGGAAUUUGCGGAAGCAGCAGUAGGAGAUGACAAAUGCGGGAAACGCAGCGCUGGCCUUCCUGCUCCUCUGGCAGCCACACCCCCCCCGAAAAAGGCAAAAUCAAACUCCAACCCCCCGGACACCCGUAAUCCCGCAAUCGGAAAAGUGGGUGGCGAUGUCCCGCACGGGCCAUCACAGUUCGCGGCUGGCAUCGCUGGAGGUCAUUCUGCUGGUGCAGCCACUGGCGGGACACUGGUCGUGCCGCUUCUUGGGGGUGCGGACGGCACAGAUCCUGACGAGACGGAGGCCACGAAGGCAACUCUGGCUUUCAUGGCAAAACUUAAGGGUGGUAAGGGGACGGCAAAGGUACCCGCGAAGGAAAAGGGAUCUGCGAAGGACAAGGGACCCGCGAAGGAAAAGGGACCCGCGAAGGACAAGGGAUCCGCGAAGGAAAAGGGACACGCGAAGGAAAAUGAGCUCGGAGUUGGGAUUCGGGUGAACGCGAAAGGCACGGCUUGGACGCUAGAAUUGCACUACCAGAACUUGCGCUGGUACUUCGGCAGUUUCUCCGCCCUGGCAAACGCGCGAUAUACGGCCGCGGUUGUUCAGACCGUGUGGCACAAGAAGGUUCCGAGCGACAAGAUGGUUUUAUCGGAGGCGGAAGAGGAGAAGUGGACCGCUGAUCUGGAUGUUGUGCGAAUUUUGCAUCCGGGGGUGUUCGCGGUAAUGUUUCUUCGCGGCAUUUGCACCGGGGGCAAAAGGAAAACAGCCGAUGGACCGGACGACCUGAUUGACGAGGUCGCGGCCUCUGUUGCGCUGGGCCUCGAGGUGGAAGCGGACGAGCAUUACGCGAAAUCGAAGGUUCGUGAGGGUGCUGUUGCCGGUGCCGUGGCGUUUACCGUCACGUUCUUGUGGCUCGUCUCCAAGGGCCGUGAUCGCGGCUUCGCUGACGCGGAAGCGAAACGCUCUGCAGAGAAGGCUGGAGCACCGGACCUGAACGUCGAGCUGAUAUUGGCUGCGUGGCUGAACACUAUCGUGGCUCUGAAGAGUAGCCAGGAUGCAGACGAUGUGGAGAAGCAGGUGGUGGCCGCUUUCGUGGGUGCGAAAGACACGAGUUUGCGACCCAUCGUUCACGAGAUGGUCGACGUACUGAGCACGUGGUGUUACGAUCCCGAGGCCGCAGUGAUCUUGAAGAAUGUCGGCCUGUUUUUGGAGUGCAGUGAUGAUCGCGCCAAAGCAAGGAACCAGCCCAGUUCGCGUUCGCAUGCGAAGAAGCCAUCCCCGCUAUGCCCGCCAUCCCCAAAAGCUGUUGGCUCGAACAUUGAAGAGAUUUCUGAUGAUGACGAGUGA